GCGUGUCUCACAGGUUAUGUUUACAUUCUUGCAGUGCGUGUUUUUUCAAAAAUUUUAGCGUAGUAAAGUGUUUUAUAACAAAUUUUGAGUGAAAAUCAGUGUUUUUACAUAAAUGACAUUACAAGACAUGGAUAUUUGUUUAAAUAUAACGGCCAGGCCGACGUCUGCCAAGUCAAAAACUAAAAAGAAGAAAGACAUUAAAAGGCUUCAAAAUAAGCUUGUCAAGUCGAAAACUGAUAAAUUAACGAAAUUUGCUCGAUCUGAAAAUAUUUCUAGUCCAAUAAAGUCAACAGUCAGAAUGAAACAAAAAUCACUUGCUGCAAUUGUUGCUAAGAAAUUAGCCGAGAAAACUGAGCCUAAAAUUUUCUUAAAUAAACAGAAAUCUCUCCCUAAAAAUCUCACCAGAAAUGUUGAAAAGCCUCCUAUUCAAUCCAAUUUCGACUCAAAUUCCGAUUCACCAAUUAUUAAAUUUGUUAAAAAUACUAAAGAAAAUACCAAUAAGCCCAAAGUGUUGAAGAAAAGUAGUGAUUCAAAAAAUCAGAAAUCUCUUUCUGAUAUUUUUUCUACCAAUUCAAGUAAAGCAGAUUCAAAUUUUUCAUUCACUUCACUUGAAACCCCGGAAAAAAGUGAAAACAAAGUAGAUUCCGAUUUAGAAAUUUCCACAUGGAAAUCGAAAAAGCAGGACAAUUUCCAAAAUAGAAACACUUUUGGUGGGAAAAAAGAAAAGCAGUUGGAAUUUGAGAAAAAAGGAAACAAAUUCAAAGAGAAAGGGGAGAGAAGGAAUAAAAAAUUUGGAGGCAAAAAUGAGAGAGUAAUGAAGAAACCGACUGGGAAAAUUUCUUCUCUUUUUGGAAAUAAUCCAGAAGUGCUGAGUAUGGGCCAAAGAUUUGUGAAACCUGUUCAGGAAAAAGUAUUUUCUGGAAUCAAGUUUAGCGAUCUUGACAUUCAUCCAUAUUCGGUAUCGAAUUUAGAGCAAAAUAUGCAAAUAACUAAAAUGACUACAGUCCAGCAGAAAGCAAUUCCUCAAAUUCUUUUGGGGAAAGAUGUUUUGGUCAGAUCUCAGACUGGUUCUGGAAAAACCCUUGCAUAUGCUUUGCCAAUUGUCGAGUCUUUGCAAAAAGUUAGGCCAAAAUUAUCCCGAAGUAGUGGAUUAAAAAUCCUCGUUGUUGUUCCAACGAGAGAACUUGCUUUGCAGACUUACGAGUGUUUUUUAAAACUGAUAAAACCAUUCACUUGGAUUGUGCCGGGUUAUUUAGUCGGUGGUGAAAAAAGAAAAGCUGAAAAAGCAAGAUUGAGACGCGGAUGCAAUAUUUUAGUCGCAACUCCUGGGAGAUUAUUAGAUCAUAUAAAACACACAGAAGCCCUAAAACUAAACGAUGUCUCUUGUUUCGUUUUGGAUGAAGCUGAUCGUAUGCUUGAUAUGGGAUACGAGAAAGAUAUCUCAGGAAUAGUCACAGCUUUAAAAAUUUCAUCGUCAGAUCCGAAAGAAACAGGUUACGAUGCCAUAGGAAUGCUUCGUAAAAAUGUGAAAAAAAAAAUCACUGACGAAUCAAAUCCCGAAGAGGAAACUGAAAAGUCGGAUUCUGAAAGUGAAAUUGAAAAUGUUUCUCUCAAAAGAAAGUACCAUUCCAGUUCAGAUGAAAAUUCUGAUGGGGAAGAUUUUCCCAUUAAAAAGAAAAAAGCCAUUGAAAUAGGGAAAAAAAAUCGAGAGGUGAAGGAAGAGGGAGAAAAUUCUAAAAUUUUUUUGAGUGAUUCAAAUCAAACGAGACAGACAAUUUUGCUUUCUGCUACUUUGACACAAGCAGUAGAAAAACUGGCUGGUCUGACUAUGAAUAAUCCCAUUUUUGUCGACGCGGCUAAGGAAAAUUUGGAAAUUUUCGGCGAUCAUACGAGCGAUAUUAACGAAGAUUUAAUCGUUCCUCAAAGUGUAACUCAGAGUUACAUUGUAACUCCGCCGAAAUUGAGGAUGGUAACUUUGAGCGCUUAUAUCGCUGGAAAAUGUCAGAGUGCCGGGCAGCACAAAAUAUUAGUUUUUAUGGCAACGCAAGACAUGAUAGACUACCACACAGAUAUUUUAUCAAAUGUUUUAUCCAAACCGGAAGACGAAGAAGAUGAAGAUUCUGAUCCACUCGUGGAUGUUGAAUUUUUUAAACUUCAUGGAAGCAUGUCUCAAAAAGAAAGAACGGACGUUUUCAAGACUUUCAGACUGGCGAAGAGUGGCGUUCUACUCUGCACGGACGUAGCUGCUCGCGGAUUAGACAUGCCAAAAGUGGACACUGUGAUUCAGUACACAGGACCCUUAUCAGCAAGGGACUACGUCCAUCGAAUCGGCAGAACAGCUCGAGCAGGUUCUGCAGGAACAGCAACGAUUUUCCUAACACCCCCAGAAACCGAAUUCGUCCGGAUGCUGGAAUCCCGAAGGAUCAGGAUCAAACAGGAGGACAUGAACGAUGUUUUAGCAAAGCUCUUGGGCCCCCUCUCCAAACACCGUUCUGCAGAAGCUGCAGCUAUAGCGCUUCAAAACGAGUUCGAGAAUCUGGUGAUCGAGGACAAAAGACUCCACGAAAAGGCUUGCAAGGCAUACAUAUCCUGGAUGCGUUUUUAUGCCAGCUAUCCCCGAGAUAUGAGGGAAAUUUUCGACCGCAAGGAACUUCAUCUUGGCCAUUAUGCGAAGAGUUUUGCUCUUAGAGACCCUCCACAAAGAAUUAGUGGAAUUGGGAAAAUUAUUCGCGAAAAGGAAGGAGCAAAGGCCCAGCAUAACAACAGACUCUCGAAUGAAAGGCCUGCGAGGGCGCCUCCAAAGAAACAAGAUCCUGGAAAUCGGCAGAGAUCUGGCUCACUCAAAAAAGUCAGAAUGCUCAAUACCUCCGAAUUCGAUAGUGGAUUGGCCUACAUGAAGAUACCACGGAAAGGCUAAAUCGUAAUAAUUAUAGGUACGAUUUUAUUUCACUUGAGAUUUAUAAUCUUCGUUAAAUACUUCAAUUGCAAAUUACAAAUUAAAGUUUCAAAUGUAAUUGAAAUUAGUCAUAAUCAAAUGUUGCGAGGGAUCGGAACCUUUUAGGUUGGAUCACAGUUCAAAGGUUCCUUUUAAGGGUUCGGACCUGAACCCGGACCCUUAAGAACGAAAGAGGUUCUCAUUUUUUUUAUCUGGACACUCAGGAUUGUAAAUGAUCCAAGAUUGCACUGGGCCCUAAAAUAAUUUAAAGGGCGCUAGUCCUGACCCGAGAAUUCAAGAAUAUAAAGGGUCCAGGUGCCGACUGUGACCAUCAAGAAUAUAAAGAGUCUUGGUUCAGAUACGGCACUGUAAAAAUUAAAAAAGAAUCCGGGUUUGGACCUGGAUUUUCUAACUUUUUGAAAGUCUGGGCCUGAACAUCCACCUUUUAAAUUCUCAACUUUUUCGGAUCAGAACUCGUUAAAUUCAUGAGAGCCUGGACCCAAAUCCCAACCUUUUAUAUUAUAAGUUUUCGAACGGAUUUGUUAAAUUCUUGAGGAUCUGUGUUCGACCCUGGACUUUUUAAAUUCCUAAGUUUCGAGACACUCGUUAAAUUCUUGAGAGUCUGGGCCUGAACCUGGACUUUUUAUACUUUUAAGUUUCCGGACCCGAACUUGUUUAAUUCUUGAUAGCCUGGGCCUGAAGCUGGACUUUUCCAAUUCAUAAUUUGCCGGACCCGGACUCUUUAAAUUCUUGAGAGCCUGGGCCCAAAUCCCAAUAUCUUAUAUUCUUAAAUUUCCAGACCCGAGCUCGUUGCAUUCUUAAGAGCCUGGGCAUGAACGUGGGCUGUUUAAAUUAUUCAGUUUCCGAACCCGGACUCUAAAUUCUUGAGAGCCUCGACCCUAAUCCCAACAUCUUAUAUUCUUAAGUUUCCGGGCCCGAACUCGUUAAAUUUUUGAGAACCUGAGCCUGAACCUGGGCUUUUUAAAUUCGUAAGUUUCUGGACCCAGACUCUUCAAAUUCUUGAGAGCCUGGGCUAGAACCUAGACCUUUAAAAUUAUCAAGCUUCUGGACCCGGACUCUUUAAAUUCUUGAGAGUCUUGGACCAAAUCCGAACAUAUUAUAUUCUUAAAUUUCCGGACCCAAACUCGUUUAAUUCUUGAGAGUCUGGGCCUGAAGCUGGACUUUUUAAAUUCAUAAUUUUCCGGACCCGGACUCUUUAAAUUUUUGAGAACGUUGGCCCAUAUGCCAACAUCUUAUAUUCUAAAGUUUCCGGACCCAGACUCCUUAAAUUUUUGAUUUUCCUGUUCCAAUGCUGAAUUUUUUGUAUUUUUAAGGGCGCGGACCCGGAUUCAAUAAAAUCUUCAAGAACCGGGAUAUUGUUACUUCUAUAUUUUUGAAUUUUCGUCGUUAAUAAUUUUUAAAAAUACAGGUUUUUUAUAUUAUACUUUGUAAUUGUAAUUGUUGUGUGUGCUGUUAUGCUUAGUUGGAUCGAUUUAUGAAGCAUGACUAUUAUUCAUGUACAUAAUUUUGUAUAUGCUGAUCGUGCGGUUAUAUUUUUAUUGAAGAAGUAAAAAUAAAAAUCUAUUUAUAGAUAGUUACAAAA